GCGACGAGAGGGAGUGGACGUGGGAGUUGGGGGAGGGAAGAUGAGAGGACCACAUCGGGUCCACUCACAGAGAAACACGAGGACCGUCGAAAGGAGCGUUUCCACCCAUCUCCCUUGGUCUUCCCGUGACGAACCGACUCGUUUCUUUUUUGUUAUCAUCCUCGCGUGCAUGAGCGUGUUUUCGAUGUACGUGGGAAGGAAAGAACGCUGCGUGGAUUGGAGAAGAUCAUUCCGGAAAUAACAUGCGUACACGCAGACCGUCACGUACGCUCGGGAGUGAAUUUGCAUUGCCGUGGGUUGAAAUACACAACAGGUCCUCAAAAUGUUCCUGAGAAUAAUGCAAGCCGCUCUACAGCGUGGUUCUGUUCAGGGUAAUAGUUGAUGGUUGUCACGAUAGCAGGAAAAACAAGGCGAGGACAUGAAAGUGGUUGCGUCAGAGCUCCUCUCCGUCAGACGACCCAGCCACUCAGCUAAAAGAUGAAGGGCGGACAUGGGCUACGUGCACAUCCAGCGUCGCAUGACGUGAUAAAAUGGAGAAUUUGGGAGGCGCAGACCUCUUGAAGCCAAGCUCUGCCUCCUGCAAAUCGGUAACCGUUUCAGCGUCUCCGCAUAGGAGGAUCAGCACCCAGCAGCUCACCGCUACACCAGCCGAGCUAGUGUACACGCGCCCGACAGACAUGGGGAUCAACGGCCUGUGUGGAGUGCGGGUCGGGGGUCCGACUGCUGACGAGUUUCUGGCGGGUCUCGCUUCCCAAAGCGACCCCCGCGGACUCACAACCCCGACCAAACAAUGCAGAACUGGCUUGCCGCUCUCCAGCGUUGGUGUAGCGUCUCUGUCUGUGGAAGGAACCCCCGCGAGCGCUUUUGCCCACACACCAAAGCCUGCACAAAUGAAAGAGACCUCGGGGGCCCCCGUGUGCCCCGUCACCAGCAGAGCCUGUCUGUUAGAGAAUGCGGACCCUGCUAUGAUAAGGAGGAUCAAUAAUGACAUAAGAGCUCGACAGCAACAACAGAAGAGGAGAGGUGGGGAGAACCGGGACUUUGUUUCUGAAACUCUUACUGGGUCAGCAGGCGUGGAGGAUCCCGUAGACGCAGUUUUCACCUCUAUGGAAUCUGACUUGAAGCGAAGGAGAUUGGCUGAUGGAAGUAUUGCUCACAAUUUUUCAGGUGCUCGACUGACAGCUGAUUGCAGUAAGAGUUCCUUGAGUGACCAGUUGAUGACUAUUCAGAGUGUCACUCCCCAGACUUCCUUCAUCCCAACAGUCCCCUCACCCCAAAUUAUCCAGCACAACAUAUAUCAGCCAGCCACCCUUGUCCUUCCAUAUGACUGCAGUCAGACACCCCCCAUGGAGGGUAAUGGAAUUCCAACACCUCCGCCGUCAGACGCGUCUGUCUGCUCAGCUGAGCGUGUAGCUCUUCAGUUCAUCGUGCCCUGCAUGAAGAACUACGGCAUCUGCAUUAAGGACAACUUUCUUGGCCCCGUGUUAGGCGAACGGGUUUUGGAGGAAGUUGAAGCCCUAAAUCAGAAUGGAAAAUUCCGAGGAGGGCAGCUGGUGAGCCAGAGGGGCAUUCCUUCUCGGAGUAUCCGAGGUGACCAGAUUGCCUGGGUGGAAGGACGCGAGCCAGGGUGUAAGAACAUCGGAAGUCUGAUGUCUUUUAUCGACGAGGCCAUCAUGUAUAGCGCAGCCAAUGGACAGCUGGGGGACUGUGUCAUCAAUGGACGGACUAAGGCCAUGGUUGCUUGUUACCCAGGUAAAGGUGCCGGAUAUGUCCGCCAUGUGGAUAACCCAAAUGGUGACGGGCGCUGCAUCACAUGCAUCUACUAUCUCAACAAGAACUGGGAUGCUAAGACACAAGGAGGAGUUCUGCAAAUCUUCCCCGAAGGCAAAAAUGUGGUCGCCAACAUCGAACCCUUGUUUGACAGGCUGUUAAUCUUCUGGUCCGACCGCCGUAACCCACACGAAGUCAAACCGGCCUAUGCCACUCGCUAUGCCAUCACAGUUUGGUACUUUGACGCCAAAGAGCGAGCAGAAGCGAAAGAGAAAUACAGGCUAGCAACAGGACAGAAAGGUGUUCAAGUGCCUGUCAGUCAGAACAGCAGGACAUGAAUCCCCGCUAAUCACCGGAGAGCCAGCAUGAAAGCACCGUGUGCCUUUCUGAGCUCUUAAUGGAUGCUAUAAAAGGACUUAAGGGAGUUAAACUGUCACUGGCUUGUGCAGAACAGACCGCGCUGCUCUAGUAAAGGUCAGCCCGCAGUCCUCCCCCGUGGAAAAUGAAAAGUUCCUGUUCUUUAGACAUCUCACUGCUUCCUUAAUGAGGACAAUUAACUGGAAAAAAGGACUCCUGUCUAUUUUGUAUGUUUGUUACUUUGCCUGUUGUUAGUAAUGUGAGGAAUGCUUUCCCAAUUUAAAGAGGAAGAACAUUCUGAUUCCAGUCGGAGAUACACAAGUCAAUCAUCAAUGGGACGAUUUGCGAUCACUUCCUGCAUAGAUGUGAAAUGGCCAUUAUGGAAGAACUGUGACUACUUGACAGUAAGGAGAUGGUACUUGUUUACUCAGUACUGUGACCAUCCACACUAAGCUGAAUUGUCCACUGAAGAUAUUGGAAUACAAGGUGGCAUAAGCGUUUCACUUGCUCUCAAUUCAAUGUAAUUGCUAUCUAACGAGAGUCUCAGCAUGAGGGAAAACUUUUCACUCUGCGUUUAGAAGUGAUGUGGACAGACACCGCUUCAUAGCCUCAACCUCAAACAGGGUCUCAUUUAAAAGUGUGUUGUGUGCAUGUGUUUAGGUGUGUAUGCGAAGCCACUUGAAACUCAUACUUGCUCCAAGAAAGGAAGUACAACAUGCAGAUGUCGACCACAUGCUGACAGAUAAUACAAUCUAUACU